CCCCUGAUGUCAAACAAUGAAAAAAGAUUCAUAACAUACAACACCAUCUCUUGGUAUGCCACAUAUCUGUUUUUUUCUCCACAAUGUGGAGAAAGUGUUUACGUAUACGUAUACGUUGACAUUAAUAAUCUGUCAAAACCGUAAACACAUUAUUUUCAUAACGCAAUUUUGCGAGAGUUCCUAUUAGUUGAAAAAAAUUAAAUUUUUGUGUGCAAACUGAAACGCAAAAUGGUUUGGUGCGAUAUAUGCCAGCAGAAUAUUUCGGGAAACAUUUACAAGCACAAAAGAGUUGAGCACAGUUGGGAUCGAGGUGGUAUUAAAUUGAUUAAACAGGAAGAUAAAACUCUGAUCGAAGCUAUACAAAACGAAAAAACAUUCGUUGGACCUUCGCUGUUAUAUUUGAAACGUCUCGCAAAUUAUGCGGUAACACAAAAUUUUCAAGCCACAUUUUUUGGAGUCGACUCCAAGCAAUGCCAAGCAAUCCCAAUUUGAAGAUAAUUCUAAUGUCAGCAACGCUAAACAGCGAAAAAUUCAGUAGAUAUUUCAAUGGUUGUCCGAUUAUCGAUGUGCCUGGACGUACUUUUGAUGUUCAAACUAUGCAUCUCGAAGAAGUAUUAAUCAAAACAGAAUACAAAAUGAGCAAAAUGGCGACAUAUUUGGAAGAGAAUCAAGUAUCGCAAAUUCGGCGUAUAAAAGAUGAAGACAUGCCGCGAUCAUAUCGCUUAAUAUGCGACAGUCGCCUGGAUUCUUAUAUUUUGCGAAAAGAUUGUGAAUCAUUUGAAAACGUUUUUUCUCUCAUUGAAGGCGACUACAUGCCGGCCAAUUAUGUUCAUCGUACAAAGCAACGCACCGUGUUGGGAAUUGCUGCGGAAAAUGGUUCACUGAAUAUGAUGUUAAAGCUUUUGGCUUUUGGUGAAAGUGCGACCUUUAAAGAUCCAUUUGGUAAAAGCGCAAUUGAUUAUGCGAAAGAAAAUAAACAAGAGGAAUGUUGUGAGGGUUGUGAGCUCUUAAUGUGUUAUGAACGUGUGACAUCCACCACAACAUGGAAAAAUUACGUGGAAAUUGGAAGAGCGUAUCGAUCAACACAAGGCACACAAAAUAUUAUUGAUCACAACUUACUUUUUCAUGUCAUUGAUCAUAUCCAUGAAAAUUUGUCAAAAAAUGGCGCUAUUCUUGUAUUUUUGCCCAGCUACGACGAUAUAUGCGAACAACAUGAAAAGUUAGUAAGCGUACAUGGAUUACAGGAUUGGGGUUAUAAGAUUUUUGCGCUGCAUAGCGAACUAAAUGAUGAAAACAAUGAGGGUCAUGCUCAUGUCUUUGAUCGCAUGGAAAAUGGCGUUCGAAAAAUAAUAUUAUCUACAAAUAUUGCAGAAACAGCACUUACAAUAGAUGAUGUCGUCUACGUUAUUGAUGCCGGAAAAGCAAAAUCGCUGUUUUAUGACGCGGAAACCAAAUCGACCAUUCUCGAAUUAAAGUCUAUUUCACAGGCAUGUGCAAAACAGCGCAGUGGCAGAGCUGGUCGCGUUCAAAACGGCUUCUGUUAUCGUUUGUAUUCAUUGGAACAAUACAAAAUGAUGCACAAAUAUAAGCCAGCAGAAAUUGUACGAGUGCCUAUAGCGAAAACUAUUUUUCAAAUUUUAUUUUAAAAAAACAUAUUAAUCAAAUAAAUGUAAUUUCAGUCCAAUUUAUUUAGAAAGAUGAAAAAUGGCUUUUAUUUUCGGCAAA